UUAUUUCUUCCUAAUUAGAGACUUUUCUGCAUAGUUCUGCUACUCUAUUUUAAGUAUGGGGAACGUACUUAGUUCGUCAUGCCAGAGGCUCAAAACACAUAGCCUUAAGGAAAGCGGCUUUUUGGAGCACGCAGAAGUCACAUCAGAAAUUUUAAACGCAAAAAUUGAAAGCGUUAGUGACGAAUGCUGUGGAGAGGCAAAGAAUUUAUUAAAGAAAGAAGACACGAACAAAGACCAUGCCAUUGAUGACGAGGAAUUCCCUGAUGGUUGGCUGACAAAACGACAUGAAUCGAUUGCCAGUGUCACAAUCAAGUUUUGCAGUCUUAGUAAGAUUUAUGGCAUUGACAUCGAUACAACUGGGUUCGUGAAUAGCUGCCCUUCCAAUGCUACAAUUGAACUUUAUCGAGUUUCCGAUCAAUCAUGGCAAACGAUCUUAUCUGGAACAGUCCUACAUGUCAAUACUCAUAAUUUAUUUUCACUCAAAGGAGACGACGUAUACAGCCGAAUUCGUUUAAGUGUUGUACCUGCUGGAGGCAUUGCCAGACUUCGAGCAUUUGGUCAAAUAUCGCCAGAUUUCUCUGAUAAAUCUCAAGAGCAUAAUCUAGCAUCGGCAGCUUUAGGAGCACGUAUUGUGCGCUGGACAGAUAACCAUUACGGAAACAAAUCGAAUAUUCUUUUGGAUAAUGGGAGGACAAUGUCGAAUGGAUGGUUAUCUCCUAGAUCAAGGUUGGGUGUUUCGCGAAACGAUCAUCAAAUUGUCCAGCUUGCCCAUACAUGCAAAAUCAACAGUAUUUUAAUUGAUACUACAGCUUUCAAAUACAAUUCACCAACGCACGUUUAUAUUGACGCUUGCUUGACAAAAGAUGACGAUCCUAACUACGAUUUAUACACCACUUGGAAAUGCUUAGUGGAUAGAAAAUCGAUCAAGCCCAAUGCAGUCACGGUCUUCAAAUACGAGGAUGACGAUUCCAUAUUGAAAGAUGAGGUGUUUAGCCAUGUCCGACUUUGUGUUAUUCCAGAUGGCGGUAUUCAGCAAAUGAAAGUGUAUGGUACGCCUGCAGAUGAAUCUGAUAAGAAGACGAUUUUACUCAUUGAGCCAGCUCCAAGUGCUGCUGCCAGUACAGUAGAAGAAGAAGAAACGGUGGUGAAAAUUGAAGAAAUGAGUGACGACAAUCUUCUCACUACACAAAGCACCCAUAAAAAAGAGCCAAACGAGACAAGGCAGAUAAAUAGUCAUCAUGCUUCCAAUUCUAAUGCAGUCCAUCAUGAGGUACCCGUACCACCACCACCACCAGCAGCAGCCACUCUGCAGCAGCCACGGUUUAAUUAUAUAUCUGUUGAAAAAAGCACUAGUUAUGGAAAUUUCAGACCUUCAGAUCAGCAUCGUCGCUCUAAUAGAAAGAAAAGAAAACCGUUGGACUAUACAAAUGUUACAGCGUAUCAUCCAAACAUCAUAGAUCCCCAUAACUAUGAUUUCCAUUUCCCUCCACUGAAGAAAUCGAAAAGUCGAACAAGUGAUCAAACAAUAUUACGGCAACCAUUCAAUCAACAGGAAGAAGGGGAAAUAGACGAUUAGUAGACUGAGCAACAGCGACAACGACUGUAAAAUACAUGGAACGUAUGCACCGUUUUUCUUUUGGUUUUUUUCCUUUUUUUUUUUUUUUUUUUUUU